UUUUGGGUGAAGAUGGCGCCGUCCGGCUCGGGCGGUCUGAGGAGAAGGUGUCAGACGGUCAUCUACUGGAUCCCCGUGGUCUUCAUCAGCAUCAUCGUGGGAUGGUCCUACUACGCCUAUGUGCUGCAGCUCUGUGUCGAGUCCAUUGAAGACAUUGGAGAAAAAAUCGUUUACCUGCUGGCGUAUCACUUCUUCUUCUUCAUGUUUGUGUGGGCCUACUGGCAGACGGUCUUCACGAAGCCAGUGACCCCUCUGAAGGAGUUUCACCUGUCGCACGCAGACAGGGAGGCGCUCGAGCGGGAGGACCGGACGGAGUCACAGCAGGAGAUCCUCAGGAGGAUAGCAAAAGACCUGCCUGUCUACACCCGCACCAUGUCUGGAGCUAUACGCUACUGUGAUCGCUGCCAUCUCGUGAAGCCAGAUCGCUGCCACCACUGCUCUGUCUGCGAUAAGUGCAUCUUGAAGAUGGAUCACCACUGUCCUUGGGUCAACAACUGUGUGGGAUUCUCCAACUACAAGUUUUUCAUGCUUUUUCUAGCAUAUUCUCUGCUCUACUGCCUCUUCGUCGCUGCCACAGAUGUGCAGUAUUUCAUCAAGUUUUGGACUGCUGGCGAUAAAGCCCAUUUUCGACUCAAAGAAUAUUGGAGCGGCCUUCCUGACACUCAGGCCAAAUUCCACAUCAUGUUCCUGUUCUUCGCUGCCUCCAUGUUUUCCGUCAGCCUGUCCUCCCUCUUCGCUUACCACUGCUGGCUCGUGUGCAAGAACCGCUCCACCCUCGAGGCCUUCCGGGCCCCGUCCUUCCGACACGGAGCGGACAAGAAUGGCUUCAGCCUGGGCUUCACUAAGAACUUCCGCCAGGUCUUUGGGGAUGAGAAGAAGUUCUGGCCACUGCCCAUUUUCUCCAGUCUGGGAGAUGGAUGUUCUUUCCCAACAUGCCUGGUCACCCAGGACCCCGAACAGUCACACACACCAACCGGACACACCUUGGCCAACGAGAGUGCUGGAGAGGGGCCUCAAUUUCCUGCCAAGCCCCUAAGGGAGUCUCAGAGCCGGCUGCUCGCUGCAGGCCACUCCUGGACGGAAAGCAACGGAGCUGAUGAUAAGGACACCAAGGGUACAAGCAACCCAGCAAUGACCAUAGAAAAUGAAACUUAGAAUUUAAUGGCGAACGCAAGUUCCGGCCCGUGAAGACAGUCGGAAGACGUGUCCCUGCUUGGCCCGGGUGGAUAUGCGCUCAUGUUCUGUGCCGUCGCUGUGCGGGUCGGGUCUUCCCACCUGCAGGUUUCACACCCAGCGCGUCUCUUUAACGCGGAAGAGGCCCACGCUGUUCCUUGAAUUGUGUGUGGUGGAGAUUGAGACCCACUUACCGAAACACUUCCAACCAGAGACUGCAUCCCAGACACAGGCAGCUUUUUUACAGUUGAUACCCGGUCAAGCACACACUAUUGUACGGUAACUGCAUUUUGGACAAGUGAUGGCCGCUCCAAAAAUGCUGCAGUUUGUAUUUUAACCAAAGGGCCUUGAUUUUGCUAACAGGAAUGCUGAAGCAGACGUGGGUAAUUAUGGACUUUUAAAAGAAUGUAAGCUUUAAUUUUCAUUUCAUACCCAUACCUUACAUUUUAAAACAGAAGUAUCUGCCCAGCAGAAUCAUGAUUUCCUUUGGGACAAACUAGGUGUUCAGAAAUAUUUAUGAAGGGUAUUUGUUCGGCUUUAAACUGAUUUUGUAUAAAUGGUAAACUGUUACAUAUUGUGUAUGGCAAAAACAAAAAAAAGUAACUAUGAAAAGCACUUUCUUGUACCAAAUGCACUGUUACACACUUGUGUUGUCCAGUAGGACGUGUCUUUCAGUGGCUACCCGGCACCGUACUGUUUUGGUUACUAUGUCACGUGCGACUGUACGUGAGUGGCUCAUGUUCCACAGCUGACGUGUCUUCUCCAAGCUAUAUUUUUUUUUCCCUCUUGAACAUGAAUGUAAAUGUUUAAACUGUUGAGGUAAAAUCAGUGAUCUUCUCAUUAUCUUCAGCCUGUGGCCUGAAAUCUGCACUGCAAAAACUUUCUUUCAUAAUGUUCUUUGCAAUGUAGUGUUAUUGUCAUGUUAAUGGUACAGAAAUACCCUUUCAGCAUGAUAUGAAGAAUGUCAGAAAUCAUUUUGCAAUCUAAGAUGUGGAUUUGAACCCACAGAGGUUUGUACUGGUUAGUUUAGUGACACACCUGGAGGCAUAUUUAGUAUUGAUAUGGUCCUUAAUGGUAGUUGUAGAGCCUCCUGACUGUUUAAUACAAUUCAAAUAGAAAUGUUCUCAGCUCAUCCCCAGAGUUUCCUGACUCAAGGAAAACAAGCCGAAAGGGUGGUUCACAGCUACCGCUUCACUAAAGCAGCAUGAGCAGCAACACCGUGCUCUCAAGUCUUGUGGUGAACUGGCAGUAUGCUGAUGAGCCCCCAGGCCCUCUAGUCCUGACUGACUCAUAAACCAACUGGUCCCCAGUUCAGAAACAUGGAGCAAAACCAAAUGUGUCCAGGAUGAUGCAGUGCAGUGGUCUUCAGUCACCAUGACAACAAACUGAUCCACUUAUGGCCACAUCCUAGCAUACAGGUAAAUGUUUUACCUAUAAAACACAAUGCUGUACAAUGACACUUGCCUUGAAACGGUAACAUUUUAUUGCACUGCUGAUUCCAGUAUCAAACUGUUUGCCUGCCCCACCCCCCUCAAUUUGUUAUUCCAUGUUGAAUUCCUUGGUCUGACUGCCAAAUGCUGCAUUACUUGUUCCAGAAAAGUGCAUCUUACUAUGUAUGCUUCUAAUUAAUGUACCAUGGAAACGGUACAACAUAAUAUAUUUUUGUAUAAUUUUACUUGCUAGUUACCUGGAAUUAAGUCUUUUACAUUGAAAUUGAUGUGAAGUGUAACAUAUGCCUUUAUCAAGAAAAAAAAAAAGUGUUUCUUCCUUGCCUCACAAGCUGUUGCUGUAGUUUGUGCCAUUUCUUCAACUAGACAUGUAUGAUGCAUUGCUGAUCCUGAAGUAUUACAAAAUGUUACACCUCACUCUAAAAUGCGACAAACAAGCCAAGUUAAUAAGGACACGAGGUAUUUCGUGGUCUAAGAAAGAAGAGUCCGCAGCCUUUAUUUACAAAAGCUCUAAAAACAAACACCCUUUAUA